AUGGCACAACAAGAUCCUGAUAUUACUGCUGCAAUCCAGUCAUCAGGAGAGUUAACUUUAGAGGGAGCUGCUGCUAAGGCAAAAGAAGAGCUUGAUAAGCUAAUGCAUGUCACACUAGACAUUGCUGUUACUGGUGAGAGUGGAGCAGGGAAGUCCUCCUUUGUGAAUGCAAUCAGAGGACUUUCUGAUGAUGAUGAUGGAGCAGCUCCAACUGGUGUGACAGAGACAACAAUGGAGCCAACAAUGUAUCUGCACCCCACAAUGCCAAACGUUAGGAUCUGGGACCUGCCUGGAAUUGGAACCCAAAGGUUUAAAGUAAAACAGUACAUCAAGGAUGUCAGAUUUAACUCUUAUGACUUUUUCAUCAUCAUUUCUUCAGAGAGAUUUAAAGAAAAUGACAUCAUUCUGGCCAAAGAGAUCAAGAAAAAUAAAAAAAACUUCUAUUUUGUUCACUCAAAGACUGAUAAUGACAUUCGCACAGAGAUGAGAAAAAAAGGAUUCAAUGAACAGGACCUGCUCCUUAAGAUCAGAGAGGACUGUGAAAGGAACCUGGCAGAAUUUGGAGACUGCAAAGUUUUUUUGAUUUCUUCUUUAGAAGUUAGAAAAUAUGAUUUCCCGUUGCUUAAAGAAACCCUGGAAAAGGAUCUUCCAGACUAUAAGAGAUAUGCCCUAUUGUAUCUAUUACCUUCUUUGACAAGCAUAAUAUUUACUCAAUCUUGCUCAAAUUACCUUAAUGUCACAAAACACAAAUUUUAG